GUGCAGGACUGGCCUCUGGCGGUUCAGGUCUCAGGUGACCUCUCUCUCUCUCUCUCUCUCUCUCUCUGUGUGCAGGACUGGCCUCUGGCGGUUCAGGGUUUCCUGCGGGCUGCAGAGAGUUACAGACUGGCGGCCAUGUUGGAUUCUGCAGCCGCUGCCCUAAAAGAGGCAGGAAGUCACAUGAUCCAAUCGGAUCAGUUCAGCCAUAAUGACAUCAUCGGCGUGCUGACAGAGUGUCUGAGUUUGACAGAAAGCAUCACGGACCCGAGGAUUCUGGGUGAGUUGUACCUGUCAGUGGGUGUCUCUUACUGCCAUCUCAGGUGUUUCCAGGACGCCGCGCGGUGCUUCCAGCUGGCUCUGGGCCCCGCGGCUCAGCGCCCCCCCCUGCUGGCCAAAGUGCUGCACAACCUGGGAGCCGCUCUGAACUCUGUGGGCCAGUUCACACCUGCUGUGGGCUACCACAGGCUGGCCGCUGGACUCUACGGCUCUCUGGGUUGCCGUGGCGACCAGGCUCGGUGUUUCAGUAACUUGGCUUUUGCCUUCAGUCAGCUGGGUGAUGAAGACGAGGCGGCGGAGAGCUUCAUCCACGCUCUGCAGGGAUUCAGAGACACAGAGGACCACCUGGCUCAGGUCCAGGUGUGUGAGUCGUUGGCAGAGUGUUACCUGAAGCAGAGGAAGCAGCAGAAAGCUGUCCAGCUCUACAAACAGGCUCUGGCCGCCCUGACUCACUGCAAGGACAGUUCUGGCUCUGUUCGGGAUCGUCUGGUGGAGCGUCUGACUGCAGCUCUACAGCAGAGUCUGACUGUCAGUCCGCAGAGGCCACGCCCACACAGACCACCUAUUGGACAGCGGGCCAGGAAGAGUGACAUCACACAGAGUCCAUGCCAAGUGUCCAACCAGCAAUCAGACAGUCAGAGGUGGGAGGGGCAAGGUGCUACAGUGUCAGAGCAGGAGGCCACAGCUAGACAGGAAGCAGCAGAGCAUUGUGGGUCAGCAGGCCGCGGAGCACCUGGACUACACAGUUCUGACCAGUCAGACCAGCUGCAGCACAGUGAGCUGUGGUCGGACAGAGAGAAGCUGCUCACUGACAGUGAAACCUCAUUGGUCCAGGAGAAAGAUACCCCACCCGCCGGCCCAGAUGAUGUCAGAGAGGCCACGCCCCCCAGGUGGAGGUCUCGGAUCUGUUUACUGAUGUAGACCCGCCUGCCCGACACUUUCAUUGAUCACAUGUUGAUGAGAGAUCAAAGUCUCUGUGAUCACUGGACUGAAUAUAGAGACUGGUUUCCAUGGAAACUACAGGAAGGAAACAGCGUUGCUUUAAUAUGCAUCAUCACAGAGAUGUGCAGAUACCUGCAGAUACUAUACUGUGUGUGUGUGAGUGUAUAUAUAUAUAUAUAUAUGUAUGUGUACACUGAACAAAAUUAUAAAGGCAAUACUUUUGUUUUUGCCCCCA